GGCAUUGCAUUACAGUAUGAGUCAUUGCCCGCUGAAAGGUAACGUGGUACAUUGACUUGCCUUGCCUAUUUUUCCAUUUCGUGUUUUAAGAUUAUAAGGUAGAAAUUCUAUUACAUUUUCUCGAAAGGAUUGAAAUGUUACAGUUUCGGUUUUCGACAGUGCUGAAAGAGUUCUUUCAAUCAAACCUAAAGCGCUCCUUGGCAGGUAUCUCAAGAAAUAAAACGUCUUUACCGAUCUACUACUGCUUCAGCACCGCCUCUGUUGAUGUCAAAGUCAGCUCCAAAUUGAAAGUGCUCCAUGCCGGUGUCCACUGCCCGCUGCUUUACACCACAACUGGCAUCCGGACCUACUGUACCAAAGCCGAAGGUGCAGCGAUACCGGUGACCGAAAAUGCUGUACCGUUGACCGCUGUAUUGUUACCCGACCAGGUGAAGAAAGAUGAGACUGUCAAAGAAGCAGCAACUGAAAAAAAAAGGAAGGCCGGCAUCCUGCCUAGUCUGGAGGACCUUCUCUUCUACACCAUAGCAGAGGGCCAGGAAAAAAUCCCUGUCCACAAGUUUCUCACAGCACUGAAGGCCACAGGUCUACGCACUGGAGACCCCCGGCUGAAGGAAUGCAUGGACACUCUCAAAGUCACCCUGAAGAACACCUCGGAUGGAGUCAUGCUGGACAGACACCUCUUCAAGAAGUGUGUCCAGAGCAACAUAGUCCUGCUCACCCAGGCAUUCCGCAAGAAGUUUGUCAUUCCUGACUUCCAGUCUUUCACCUCCCACAUUGACGAGCUCUAUGAGAGUGCCAAAAAACUGAACGAAGGCCAGGUUGCAGAUUACAUUCCCCAGCUUGCCAAAUUCAGCCCGGAACUGUGGGCCGUUUCUUUGUGUACCGUGGACGGACAGAGACACACGGUAGGCGACACCAAAGUCCCCUUCUGUCUGCAGUCGUGUGUGAAGCCGCUGAAAUACGCCAUCGCCGUACAUGACCAUGGCACCGAGUAUGUGCACCGAUUCAUUGGGAAGGAGCCCAGCGGCCUGAGAUUUAACAAGCUCUUCCUGGAUGAGGAUGAUAAACCCCACAACCCCAUGGUGAAUGCAGGAGCUAUCGUUUGCACCUCAUUGAUAAAGCAGGGUGCGAGCAAUGCUGCCAAAUUUGACUAUGUCAUGAACUUCCUAAAUAAGAUGGCAGGAAAUGAAUACGUAGGCUUCAGCAACGCCACAUUCCAGUCAGAGCGGGAGUCUGGGGAUCGGAAUUUCGCUAUUGGCUACUACCUGAAAGAAAAGAAGUGUUUUCCUGAGGGGACAGAUAUGACGUCCAUUCUGGAUUUCUACUUCCAGCUGUGCUCCAUUGAGGUGACCUGCGAGAGUGCCAGCGUCAUGGCAGCCACCUUAGCCAAUGGCGGCUUCUGCCCAAUCACAGGCGAGCGUGUGCUAAGCCCAGAGGCAGUGCGUGACACGCUUAGCCUCAUGCACUCCUGCGGCAUGUAUGACUUCUCUGGACAGUUCGCCUUCCACGUGGGCUUGCCAGCCAAGUCUGGCGUGUCAGGGGGCAUUCUGCUGGUGGUGCCCAACGUCAUGGGCAUCAUGUGCUGGUCUCCACCCCUGGACAAGCUUGGCAACAGCGUCAGAGGCAUCCAGUUCUGCACGGACCUAGUUUCUCUCUUCAACUUUCACAACUACGACAACCUGAGGCACUUUGCCAAGAAGCAUGAUCCACGCAGGGAGGGAGGCGACCAGAGGGUCAAGUCGGUCAUCAACCUCCUGUUUGCCGCCUACACCGGGGAUGUCUCUGCCCUGAGGAGGUUUGCUCUAUCUUCUAUGGACAUGGAGCAGAGAGACUAUGACUCCAGAACAGCUCUACAUGUGGCGGCAGCUGAAGGACAUGCAGAAGUGGUGCGUUUUCUCUUGGAGGCAUGCAAGGUGAACCCUGAUCCCAAAGAUAGGUGGGGCAACACUCCAAUGGAAGAGGCCUUGCACUUUGGCCAUCACGAUGUGGUCACCAUCCUCCAGGACUAUCAUAACAAGUAUAACCCACAAGAGGCCCCUAAGAAGAGCAAAGAGACUGUUGAGGAGAACUUGGAUGGCAUGUUGUAGUGUGCACAUCCAAGCCAGUAGGUGGCGCCUCACCGCUUUUAUAUAAUCUCUAUUCCCUAGACUGCUGCUGAGAUACAUGCUUUUGGAGUGACUUUUGUCGACUUUGUAUGAUAACUGUGUUGUUUUUUUUAAACUGUGUGUCUCGUUGGAUGUGUUCUUAUUUUUUUUCUAUACUCCCAUUGUGCACUUUUCUCCUUUUGUGACGGUGUUGCUUGUUUUUGACUUCCACUUUCUUUUCUCUCACUAAGCCUGUGUGGUUUGUGAGAGCCCAAAAAGUGUAUAACCAAAUUGAAACAGUGUGACAAUAGUGUACUGCGUAUAGAAUUAUGUUAAUAUACAUAUGCUUUUACAUAUAAAUUGUAUAUUUAUGUACUGUUAAAAGUAGAUUUCAUGAUAUCAAAGAACAACGCUUAAUCUUAUUUAAUGUAAUAGCAGUUUGGUGUUUUCCUUGAAGGGCCACAAUGUCUAAUAGUCUUUGUAAAAACCAGACACUCUAUUGAAAUUCUAUUCAUAUUGGCACUAAUAUAACUACCUGUCUAGCCACAUGGCUUGGUUAACGCCUAGAUGGAUAUGUAAAAAAACACACCACUUCUAACUACAUAACAAGCUACAAUAAGUAGAAUUCCAACUGUAUAUGUUCCUGUCGCGUACUUAGUCACAUAUAAACAAGUAUAGGAUGCCUAACUGUAUCAAACACAUUACUUCCUCUAGUCCUGAUCAAACACAUCACGACUUAUCAACACCACUGGAUAGGAACUCUAUGCACUUAAGCUUUCAUUUCAAUGUCAUGUUACUUCAUACUUUGCUUUGUUUAGGAUGAGCACAUUUUUUGUGGGUAUUUGUAUGUCUGUUGUUCUUUUUCUCUGAUUAUUUCCCCAUUUAUAAUGGAUCCAUACUUCCCAUUAACUCAAUACUGUACACUGAGCACAUGUGGUUCUGCUGUAGAAAGAAUGUACCUGAAACUGGAUCGGCUGACCCGAACAGAGCUGUGUCUGUGGCCCUGUAAUAAAACACUACUCUGGUGUCAUUGUGCUGCCAUACAGCUGACUAUCAAACCAAUCUAUUAACUAUAUUUUUAGAACCGUGUAUUUAGAAACAUAAUUUAUCCCUCCAUGCAGAGCCCUAGUGACAAACAAUUGGAAUGUAGCAAGAUCAUUCUGUGCUUAUAAAAGUGACGACUGCAUGUUUGGUCCAGUUCAUAUUAUAUUAGAAAGAGAAGAGCAAGACAGUGGUGGGAAAAGAUCAUUUGAGUUUGCCACCAUCAGAAGUACUGGUUUGUUAGUAGGAAACAGGGAACCAGUUUAACAUGUUUGCAUAAACUUACCUAGAAACAUAUGGUAUUUGACAUUCAUACUAGAUGUCUUGUUUGUCUUUCAUGAACAAGCGUGUGCCUUUGACCAGGAUCUGAUUUGAAUUUAAAAGUGUAGUCAGUCGUUGGGAAGUAGCAAAUUAUACAUUUUAUUUGUAAGUUUUGCUUUGCUACUUGAAUAUGUAUAGUAGCAUUGCAGAAUGUCUUACUGGCAUAUACCAAAACGGUUGAUUUUGUGAAGUACUUUUUAUGAUUAGCCCAACAUGCUCUCCAAUAUGAAUGUUGAGGAAUGAAGUACAGUAUUAUGAGUAAUACCAAAAACAUCAAUUUACUACAUAUUUUGUAUUCAUUUUUAUUGCUGGUUGCACUGGGUAAGAAAGUAAAACUGAAAUAUUCUUUUAUAACAAUUGUCAAAGUGAAAGAAACAUUUGUUUAUUAUUUUGACAGUAUGAAGUUGUAAAAAUACUUGGAAUGAUGUUUAAAAAAAUAUGAAUGCCCUUUUAUGGUGAGAGCUGUUUGAAAAGACUGACAACCACAUGAACCUGUUGUUGUGGGAUUAUGUGGGACUUAUUACCCAGAAAUAAUUAUCUAUUGGGAUUUAAACAGCUUCACUGGGCCUUUUAUAACAGCAUUAAUCAAAACUCUAAAACGAUCAAAUGAUAAAUAAACAUCAUUGGUGGGUAUUGGAGAAAAUAUGUAGCAUUAGAGCAGUUUAAUUGGCAAAACAGAAAAUAAUCAUGCACAAUGCUAUAAUCAGCCUUUUUAAAUGGACACACAGGUGUUGGAAUGUCGGUUGGAAAUUCUAGAACUGUCCUUUCUUUAAAUUGCAUUUCUAUCUCUACUACUAUAUUUUAUCUCUAACAGAAUGUUAGCAUUUUGCAGCAGCAAUAAAGAUCUUUGUUUCUGAGAUGGGGACAGUGUCUAUGAAGAUACAUCGAAGAUACAUCGAAGAACAUAAAGGAUUACAAAAAGAUUAGAACACAGAAAUUCAACCUCAUACACCACACCCCUAAUAAUCUGGUAGAAACACACCUUAAUCUACCAAACCUCAUCAUAGACAUGGCAACAGGAAUAGGUAUUAUAAUAUUGGUUUGGUCAUUGCUAUAACCAUGCCUUUUGUAAUUGAGGUAGUUUGGUAUAGCAUAACCAUGCCUAAGAUAUGAUAACUUGUGUUAGCUGCCUAGGUUUUGCUAAGUGGGCUAACACAGUCUGUGGAACACGGGAGGUUUGAGUUUAAAUCCCUGUAGAGCACAUGGAGAUGGUUCAAGUCAUUUGUUAACAGUUAUCGAGGACCAGUCAAAAUUUCCAACUGAAGACUGUUCUGAAUGUAUGGCUUUAUAUGGAUAUCCUUUUUUGAUCUUAUUGUAAGGCUUACUUGAUGACAUUUUUUGUUCAGAGCUGUACAAGUGUGCAACCUCUCCUAGCAGUGGAGUGAAUAUAAAUCUAUUUAUUUUAAUAAACAAGCUUAAAUAAAGAAAUGCUUUUCAUG